CAAAUGAGGAAAUUGCUAGUUUCAAAUUAAACAAGUCCCUUCUUUUAUUCGUAAUUAAAAUAAAAGCUCGGAAAAUAGAAAAAUAAAUUUAGAUCGAAAGCAUUUAAAUAUUGUUUCCAAAUUCCAAUAAAGCCACUUUACAACGGUCGAAUUGCAUCCAACUAGUCCCCACACAAAGAGAGAAAGAGAGAGAGAGAGAGAUAAUGAGGAAGAGAACGGCGAAGGGAGGCGGAGCCGAAAGGCAAAGUUCAGCACAAGAAGAUGAAGAAGAAGGAAAAGGGUUUUAUGCUUGUUAUCUCUUGACUUCUCUCUGUCCCCGGUUCAAAGGCCACACCUAUAUAGGAUUUACAGUGAAUCCACGGCGUAGAAUCAGGCAGCACAAUGGUGAAAUAAGAAGUGGAGCUUUUAGAACCAAGAAAAGACGGCCUUGGGAAAUGGUCUUUUGCAUUUAUGGUUUCCCUACUAAUGUAUCUGCUCUUCAGUUUGAAUGGGCAUGGCAGCAUCCUAUGGAAUCACUGGCUGUCAGGCAAGCAGCUGCAACUUUUAAAUCUUUCUCAGGAGUAGCCAAUAAAAUCAAACUUGCUUACACAAUGCUUAACCUUUCAGCUUGGCAGAGCUUGAACAUUACUGUGAACUAUUUCUCAACAAAAUACUCGAUACUUUCCGCUGCUUGCCCAAGCUUGCCAGAGCACAUGAAGAUCCAGGUUUGCCCUGUUGUCGAGCUUCCCUGUUAUAAAGAAACAGGUGAGAGUUCGCUUGAAUGCCAAGAUGCUGAAGAUGGUUUUGACGACAAAGAAAAUUAUGAGAACACUACUAGUGAAAGUGGAGCUGUAAAAGGGAAGACCGUGGAAUUCCAAUCUCAAUCCUUGGAUAAGUUUCCAGACUUUAAUAGAGGGGAGGAGAUUGCAUUUGAAGGUCAAGACAGCAAUAGUAACAAAGAUGAAGAAUACAAUGAAGUUAGUCAGAAAAAUGGAACUCUAGACCAAAUACGUACAGAUGCAUUUGGACAAAUUUCUUCAGAUAAUUCACACACCGAUGAUUGGACUUGUGAAAAAUUUGGAUCGUGUGAAGACUACAGCACCAGACAUCCAAGUUUGAAGAAUACUUCUGCAGAUUAUCCGCCUGCUCCAAAAGUAGAUUGUGCUCGACCAUUUGGUUUUCCCACUUCGAAUUCGCUAGUGAGAACAGCAUCUUCCCUUUGCACUGGCUUUCCCAUUAGUGAGACCAGUAAUGGUGAUGAGCUGAUGUUGAUAAAUAACAGCGUUUCAGAUUUGGGUUCAAGAAAUGGGAAAAUAUUAACAGGGAAAGAUGAUAAAGACAAACCAAUUCCACAAGAAAUAGAAGUUAUAGAUUUGUUAUCUCCAUCUCCAGAAUGCAGAAUUAUGUCAAGCAGAAAAAAGAGAAGAUUUUUAACUGUUUGUCCUCAGAUCAUUGACUUGACCUAGCCUCCUCUGUUUGUUCAAUUAUUGAAUAAGAUCAUUAGAUACAAAUAAGAUCAUUGACUUGAUAUGAUCUAUGUAGUUUGUUAAUUAAUGAGUGUUGGAUACACAAGGAACAAAUAAUGUGAAAAGUAAAUGAAAUGAUUUGUUCUUAUC